AUAAUAGCGCGGGAGGUAGUAAGUGAGAACUAGGAACCAAUAGUAACCACACAACAAAACCUUGUCUCUCGGAUUCACUACUUGUAUUAUCUUUCUUUCUUUUCUAAAAUUCGUAUUGGGAAAUGGAAAUGGCAUUCGCGCAGCUCAUCCCUACGCCUUCUUCCUCGUCUUCCUUGCCACACAACCCCUCCUUAAACCCUAUUUCACUCUCUCUAAACCCUAAAUUCCCAACCUCGCCGCCGCAGCACCAUCUUAAUCUCCGGCACCGGCGCCGUAGGCCGAACUCCACUCUGCGGUGCUCCGCCUCCUCAUUCUCGGAGAAGCACCACACGAACUCGUCGAACUCGGACGACGUGGUGGAGCUCCCUCUGUUCCCUCUCCCGCUGGUCCUCUUCCCCGGCGCCAUCCUCCCGCUGCAGAUCUUCGAGUUCCGGUACCGCAUCAUGAUGCACACGCUCCUCCACACGGACCUCCGGUUCGGCGUGAUCUACACCGACGCCGUUUCGGGGAGCGCCGACGUGGGGUGCGUGGGCGAAGUGAUAAAGCACGAGCGUCUGGUGGACGACCGAUUCUUCCUGAUCUGCAAGGGCCAGGAGCGGUUCCGCGUGACGAGCGUGGUCCGCACGAAGCCGUACCUGGUCGCGCAGGUGACGUGGCUGGAGGACCGGCCUGCUCCCUCGGCCGACCUGGACCUGGAGGGGCUGGCCGGCGAGGUCGAGACCUACAUGAAGGACGUUAUCCGGCUGUCGAACCGGUUGGGAGGGAAACCGGAGAAGGAGGUUGGGGAUUUGAGGAGAAACUUGUUCCCUACGCCGUUUUCCUUCUUCGUAGGGAGCACCUUCGAGGGCGCGCCUAGGGAGCAACAAGCGCUGCUUGAAUUGGAGGACACUGCCGCCAGAUUGCAGAGGGAGAAGGAAACCUUGAAGAACACGCUUAAUUACCUCACUGCUGCCUCUGCUGUCAAAGACGUCUUUCCCUCUUCUUCCAAUUCUUCUUGAUUCCAUUUCCCAAGCAAUUCAGUAUCUGAGGCCUUCAAAUGCAAUUCUAUCUGAUGUGGGCUUUAACAAGAUAUGGUGACAAGCGCUUUUUUAUUUUAUAACUCAGGAAGAGUUUGUUGCAAGGAUUUAAAAUGACGUUCGAAUACGAGAAUGUAAUAUUUUUAUGUUUCUUACAA